GAGCGCAUAAACCCAACGUGUUACUGUUUACCUCCAGUGUGUGUCUGAGAGUGUGUGUCAAACACAGACACGCGUGGCCGACUGUGAGAAGGAUUUUAUAUUUUUAUGGCUCGAUGUUAUUUUUAAAGUAAAGCGGAAGCUCGCAGCAGCACGAGGCCCGAGCCUGGGCCGCAUCCGCCUGGCAGAUGCCAUCUGUCAGCGUCCUCCGAGAAAUUUAACGAAAUAACUGCUGCUAGCAGGGUGGCUAACCAGGCUAAUUACUAACAGAAGAGAGAUGAUGUUGACGCUGAUGUUGAUAUUUCUCCUCGCUGAGAGUUCGUCCGGCGGGGAUGGGUCAAACGGUUUAGACUGCAGCCCGUCCACCACAGAGACCAACAGAUUACUGUCGGCUGUGGUCGACUCGCAGAGAGCCGAGCAGAGCCAGAGGCAACACCUGGAGGCUCUGUUCAACAGAUAUGGAGAAAACGGCACCAUCUCUCUGGCCGGUUUAAAGCGUCUGUUACAGAGCGUGGGGCUGGAUCGCAUCAGGACUGUUAUGGUGCAACAUCAUGAGCAACCAGGCCACCACAAUCACCACCACCACCAUCAUCACCACCACCACCGCCACCACGACGGCCACCAGCACCAUCACCACCAUCUCCAUGACGACAACAACUCACAUCAUCAGAAACGCUCUGAAACCUCACAGCCCAGAAAGUUGCCAAAGACCCCUGAAGUCUCCAAAGAUCAGGACAGCCACCGCAACCUGCUCGACAAGAAGACGACAGUGGCGGUGGCUCAGGAGGUCGGCACCACGGCGGUGUACAGUGCCCAGAUGGUGGUGAAACCAGAUGAUGCUCAUAAGAGAGAAGACAGCAGCCCGGAGCAACCCAGUCCUGCUGGGGAGGAAACCACCAGAGCGUCUGCUGCCAGACUGGUCACUGAAAGCCAGACUCAGGCAGCUGCAGUCAGCCGAGGGGACCAUGACCAUGUUCACGACCACAACCACGACCACGAUCACGAUCACAUAAACCAGGAUCUUCCCCACAACCGAAGCAUAGAUAAUGUUGAGUGUCUGAACGCCUCCACCAUCCUCUCCUCACACGGGAUGUCUCAGGAGGUGGGUGUGACCCUCGCUGACUUCAGCUUCCUUUGCCCCGCCCUCCUCAACCAGAUUGACGGUGGAGCGUGUAUUCUGCACGGCGGCGCUGCAACACACGGGGAGAGAGACCAUAAACAUGGUCACGGUCACCAUGGUGACCACAACAACUCAGACAGCAGGGAGCGCUCUGGAGACGAAAGUGGCAAAAACAUCACAAUAGCGUGGGUCGGAGGUUUCAUCUCCAUCACCAUCAUCAGCCUGCUCUCCCUGCUCGGCGUCAUCCUCAUCCCGCUCAUGAACAGAGUUUUCUUCAAGUUCCUCCUCAGCUUCCUGGUGGCGCUGGCUGUCGGCACGCUGAGCGGUGACGCCUUUCUUCAUCUCAUCCCCCACUCUCAGGGAGGCCACCAUCACCACCACGAGGAUUCUGGGAUGGGUAUGGAACAUCACGUGCAUGGUGAGCCGGAGGAAAACCUGGACGCAGUGUGGAAGGGUCUGACGGCUCUGAGUGGAGUCUACCUCAUGUUUCUAAUCGAACACUUCCUGACGCUGGGGAAAAUGUACAAGGACAAGAAACAGAAGAUCCAGAAGAAGUGGGAUCAGAACGACAAAGCAGAUCCAGAGAAGCAGCCUGCUCUGGAAGAGAACGACCUGAAGCCAACUGAAGAUGUAGAGACGAACGGUGCCGGUAUGUUUGGCGACCACUCGAGCAGCCUGCAUGGUGGCAGCGUGGCAGAAGAGGAGCAGGUGAUGCUGGCACCGCAGGUGUCCAUUGUCUUGCCGCAGGGUUACGGCGGGGCGUCGGGGGCUGCCGCCUACACUGCCGAGGACUGUGAGAACAAAUGCCACUCCCACUUCCACGACACUGUGGGCCAGGCCGACAGCAUGCACCACCAUCACCACGACUACCACCACAUCCUGCACCACCACCACUCCCAGAACCACCACCCUCACAGCCACUCCCACUCCUACUCAGAGCAGCACUUCCAGCAGGCCGGCGUGGCCACGCUCGCCUGGAUGGUCAUCAUGGGAGACGGACUGCACAACUUCAGCGACGGCCUGGCCAUCGGAGCUGCCUUCACUGAGGGUCUGUCCAGCGGUCUGAGUACAUCUGUGGCUGUUUUCUGUCACGAGCUGCCUCACGAGUUAGGUGACUUUGCAGUGCUCUUGAAGGCCGGUAUGACGGUGCGUCAGGCCAUUCUCUACAACGUCUUGUCGGCCAUGACGGCCUACUUGGGUAUGGUGACCGGUAUCCUGAUCGGACACUACGCAGAGAACAUCUCCAUGUGGAUAUUCGCCCUUACAGCUGGACUCUUCAUGUAUGUGGCUCUGGUGGACAUGGUGCCUGAGAUGUUACACAACGACGCCGGGGACCACGGCUUCAGCCACUGCGGCUUCUUCCUGCUCCAGAACGCCGGCAUCCUGCUGGGCUUCUGCAUAAUGCUGCUGAUCGCCAUUUUCGAGCACAAAAUCCAGCUGGACCUCGGGUACUGAAGGAGAGGUGUUUCAUCCAGAGCUCCAUGUGCGUUUCAGUGUCUGUUAGAAAUGUAGUGUGUUUUUUAUUUGUAGCUCCAGAUGGUCCAGUCGCAUUGAUUUAGUUAGUAUUUUUACAUAGUGUAGGAAGAUGCAUCAGUCGAAACACAGACACCGAAUGUAAUCCAGAAAGUUGCCAUGCUGACAGCGCUCUCUGAUGCUGUAGCUGACGGAAACAGAAACUAAACGUUCAUGAGCUGCUGAGACUCAAAUAUCUGCUGCUCAAAGUAGUGUUUUUUUAUUUUUCACUUUCUGUUACCGCUGUUAAAAACAUGCAGCAAUUUCUCCAGAUGGUGACAAACUCGUGACCCCCAAGUGGGAGAAAACCAGAGUGCACAAAAACAAAAAUAGAUCAAAGUUAAAGUCCCCUGUCCUAACUGCUCUUACCACUAAAAAAAAAGACAUGAAAGCAGCAUGACCUCCCCCCGACCUCCUCUGCCGUCAUAUUUAAUGUUGUUUUUGUUUUUUAUACGCCUUAUUUUUUUUCUAUCUGAUGUGUUGGAAGUGUUUGUGCUGCUGAGUCAAACCAGAUCAGUAUUCCAGAAGAUACUCAACGUGCCAUAACAGCCCCACUGUCGGUUCAACAAUGUACUGAGUCUUAAGAUAUUAUUUCCAUUCAAAAUCAUUUUACAGUAUAAAUUGAUCCAUGAACUGAUUGGUAGGAACAACGGACAUUAUUUGUUGCUUUUCAAUAUUUUUCGGACCAAAACUCAAGCUGAACCAGUUUGAAGAUUUUCAGAAAGAAAACCACAAAAUAUUCAAAUUUGAGAAUCUGGAGGCAGCACACUUUCUGCAUUUUUGCUAAGAAAAGUUACUAUCAAUAUUCUGUUGAUGGGUUAAUGGUUUCAGCCCUAAUUGAGAUCAGUUUUCAGGGUCAAUUAAGCCCCUCCAGGAUUUAGUGGGCUGUUUUUGGGAUUGUUGCGACCUGAAAUGUCUGAUUUCACGGCAGCUUUUCUAAAAAACUGCAAGUUAUGUUGCAAUGUUUAAAGGAGUUUUUUUUUUUUUACAUUUUCAGAGCUUAUUGUUACGAGCAUUAAGUGUUUGACAUUGAAUUAGAAUUUAUUCGUGAUCACCAUCAGCCAUCAGCUGUUAAUGCUGUGCAACGCGGCGCUGAAUGACUGUCCCUGUGAGAGAGACUCUCCUGCUCUCUGCCCAGUUAGCACAUUAACACAACAUAAUGUGAUCUCGUCCCUACUCGUCAUAUUUUGCUGCUUGUGCUGAAGCCCCACAGCAGCACUUAACAUCCGACACCGAGCCAUUCAUCUUACACCAACACCGUGACCAAAACAACCUGUUAAAUUCUGUUGGUUAACGUUAGCUUUGUGAUGCUAACAGUUAGCCUUGUCACUGUGUGUGUGUGACUCCAGGCACAGAGCUCUGGCCCAGCAGCAGCAGUGUCAUGAUAAACAGAGAGAGAGGGGCUGAGUGAAUCCAUGUCCAAGUUACCAUAAAAGGCAACACACACCGACCUUGUCACCUGACGCCCAAAUAAGACAACAGACAGAUAAAGUAAACAAUAUCACCAGCGUGGACUGUGGCAGCACAUAUAAUAAAAGUUUGGAUAAAUCAGCAGGAAAUCCGUCCAUUAAAUGAACCUGAGUUCAGCCUGAUGAAGGAAACGAUGUCGUAGACCUCGUUAGUUGGAAGUUAACACUCACUGUUGCUGUUUCACUUUGAAAGUUCAGUCACGGUUCAUUAUCUGAUUGUCAAACGGCUCCUUGAAAGAUUAAGUUCUGGAUGAAAGUAUAAACAUGACUAAAUUGUGGGGCCGACCCCUCGGUCGACUGAGUUUGCUUCAAACUUGUAAAUCUGGGGAUGUUUUGAUCCAAGAUAUUGCUGCAGAUUAAUGCUCUUGACUUUCACACUUCUCUUGGGUACAGACCGCUACGGACGUGAUACAACAACACAGAUCUUUUCUCUUCUGAUUACAAGCAGUGAAUUUACAGCUCACGGAUGCUUAAUACGACUCAGUCUCUGGCUUUUGUUUGAUAGCUAGUGUCAAAAAAUGUUGUUGCAUAUUUCCGAUCUGUCGGUGGCACAGUUAACUUGUUUACUAUAAUACAUGAAUGCCUCUGUCACACUGAACGUCCCGCUGAGCCCCGUUAUAAUUUUAAAACCUCGAAUAUUUGUACUGAACAGCCGAAUCUGAUUCAUCUUACGUGACUGUCGAGUUGGGUACAGCCCUGCUACAAUGAAAGAGAAAAAGGACCACACCUGAGUUAAGCUGAAAUGAGGCCUUAGACUGGAAAUGGAUAUUAAUGAUCAAGAAAAUCCAAAAUUGUGCUGAAAUUGUUUUCACUGUCAAACUUUGCCUGUUACAACACGUUAUCUGCUUUGAACAAACAUUUGUAAAUCUGCUGUUCGUUUAGGAAACACAUUUAGACUGAGAUUUGUUUUCACUAAUGUGAUGAGCAGGACGAGAACAAGAUGGAGGCAAAUCUUACGUACGUUCUCAGAGUGGUGUUUUCUUGUGAGAAGAUGAAAAAAUCAGUUUGGAGAGUGAUGAUGCAAAGUCGUAUUAAUCCGGAGCCUUGAAUUUUCCCCCUAAACAUGAAAGUCUCUCCUGUGAAGCUUUUCUAUUUGGGAUCGUAUCGCAGUGUUCGCCAAUGUUUGGAUUUAGACGAUUGGAAAAAAACCCCAAACUGAACCUAAAUGAGUUAAAAUUUCCUUUUUAUGAGGGAUGUUUGAACUGAACUGAAUCCUGGCACUUCUGAUCUGCACAUGUGGAGCUGAACAAGAUCUACAUUCCUGUUGGCUAUCCUGUUAUCCUAGAUUUGUUUUUUUGUUAGUUUUUUUCUUUGUUUUUAUAAAAAUAUUGCAACUGCACUUAUUUUAACGUUCACAUUUUUUGGCCCCUCUUCGUCACUGGCUCGUUCAGCUCCAAACAGCAGAUAGAACAUAUGCAGAUGUUUUAUUUGGUUGAAGUGGUGAUGAUCAGUUGUCGUCUCUCCACAUCAGUUCAACUCUGUGUCUUCCAGGAGAGACUGUCUGAAAACGUGUGCUGUUAUCACUCCACCCUCCGACAAGCAAAUGUGGCCCUAACCUGGCCCUCCACAGCAACAUUUUUGCCCUUAUUCUGAAAAAGACAAUAUUUCUAAGCUGUUUACAUGAUGAAAGUAAAUGUUCCACUUAUCUUCUAGUUUACACGCAGCUGUGUAUACUCUGAUUAACGUGCCCUAACAUGUUGUUUAUAAUGGCAAAACAUGGAAAAGUGGAGCGGCUUCUUUCAUCCAAAUAGGAGUCUCCUGCCGGUGGUAUACGUGUUGGACCGUGUGAACUUAGCCUCCCUCUUUCGUUCAUUUAACCGUCUUCUGGAAAAGGUUAGCAUUGUGAUAUUUGCGUACAUCCUAAAACCUGCUUAGAUCCAAGUCCUUCAUAAUUCCAACCAGAAACGUGGGCUUAUCCUUGGGGCAGGGAUCGCUACCCAAGCCCUGCGAACUGUUGGCAAGUUGGUCUCUGUACAUUGUAUCCAUGACAACGCACAGAGCUGACUGUGAACAGACAAAAGGCAGUGUGUCACAAACUGCUGUAAAAACCCCAAAUGAGAAACAUAUUCCGAAUGUGCUGUGUAGAUGUCCAAGGAAUGCUCCUAAAAUCUGAAUAAUGCCGGCAUAUUUAACGUCUUAGAAAAUGGUGCAUUCGGAGAAAGGCCUAAUUUUGAAUAACUUAACUUUAUAUGCUGUUUACACAAAGAGCUGCCAAUGAUUAAUCAGUUGGUUGCCAACUAUUAACUGAGUUGCCAAUUAAUUUGAUAACAAUGAAUCCGUUUGAGCAAUUUUUCAAGAAGAUAAAUUCUCAGAUUCCAGUUUCGUAAAUAUGAAUAUUUUCUGGUUCCUUUCCUCCUCUGUGACACUAAACUGAAUCUCUCUGGGUUGGGGACAAAACGUGACACCUGAUGAUGUCAUCUUGGGCUUUGAGAAACGCUGAUUUUUCACCAUUUUCUGACAUUUUACGGACCACACAACAAAUCCAUUAAUGGAGAAAGUAGAUUAAUCUACAGGGAAAAUAAUCUUGAGCUGCAGCACCAUUUACAUGACCCAAAUCAAAUUCAGAAUAUUGGUAUAUUUGCAAUGUAAGGGAAAUAUUAGUGUGCAUGAAAACGUCAUCACUGACUGACUGACCGUGACCUUUGACUUCUGUGUCAGAGAAAGGCCAAAUACAGUGUUUUCAUCUGUCCAGUGAAGAGCUGAGAAACUGAAAGCAAACUCUGGCAACAAAAAGGUGAAACUCAGCAGGUACUGUAGACUACAGGCUGUAGUGUUAGUUUUUGUUGAAUUAGUUUUUAAUUUAUGUUUAAUUUUAUCAUUACAGUAGAAGAGUUAACGUGGCAGCUCAACACUGACCGUGUUCAGAGAAACUAAGACUUUAAAGUCACUGUUAGUCUUUGUUACAGUAUUUCUCUUUUUCAGUUUGAAUGUGGACUUUGUAAUUACCACAGGAGAACUACACUUCAAACUACAGAUCAUCUAACAUGAGCUCAGCUUGAAUAGUUUCCUGUAUUAUUAUUAUUAUUUUUUGUUUACAGUUUGUUUAAUAGAACAUUUUGCUGUUUAUGUUAAAUGACAAUGUUCCCUCACAGGUCAUGAUUUUCUGGCCUAAAAAAUUGUACGUGUUUAAAAAAUAAUAAUACAGAAAGUACGUUGAGUCCAGACACGAACCUCAAUGUGUACAUCACAUGUACAACAUUAUACUAUAUGUAGAUAUUUAUGUACAAUACGGUACAAGUAUGUGUCUGAUUUGUUUCAGUUGUGGACUUUGUAGUUUCACUCGCUGUGCUGUUUGUUGUGAACAGUGUGAGUCUCUGUUACGUUGUAUUCAACACAAACCAAAAGAAUCUCAUUCAGAGGAAAAGUUACAGUGUGGAGAACACGUAGGAGUCUGAAAGUAGAGGAUGUCAUUUCAUGUUUUUGUCGGAAACAAAAUGUCAAGUGUUUGAAAUGAAUCUGUUUUUGGAGGAACUACAGCAGGUGGAUUAAAUCAUACAGACGGCUCACGAUACAAUCACACAGUAAAUACACACAAAAUGUUUCAUGAUCUGAAUUCAUGAUCUUUUUUAUUGAAAAUGUUUUAUUGAGUUUCUGAUUUGACUCAGGUCAUUUUUGAGGUUAAUAUUUGUGGUUGUGUCAAAGUUAAAUCUAUUCAAAACUGAUGUUACGAGAAAAAGAGCUGUGAGUUUCUAACUUUGAGAACAAAGUGUUUCAGACCAGAUUGAAUUUCAGUUAAAUUUAAUCAAAAUAAAACACAUCACACAAACGUUGAAAAUGAGGUGUGAUAAAUAAAAUGUUUACUGCCAUGUUGCAACCAGUAGGGUUUCUUUUUCUCUUAUUUUCCCCUUAUAGUUCUCACAGCAUAUAUUAAUUCUACUCAACAGAUGAGCAAUUUUACAAUAAAAACGAUGAAAGCAAAAAAAAAAAGUCUGUACAAAUGCUCAAAGAUUUUUACGUUUUCUUUUUCAUCGCGUUUCCUUAUUUAAUCAUGCUUCACAGGGGGUCGUACAUUGGCCGUUUGCAGUCCCAACUCGUUAAAUAUCCCCGCUUUGUCACUGAUGUUGGUGUCAGACACAGAGGCACCUUUAGCGGCGGUGUGAAACACGCCAGACACCGUAGUUUGUGUGAAUAUUAAGCUGUGUCAGUGAUAGUGUGUAGCUAUUGAAAAUGGGUCUUUCUUUUUUUUUUUUUCUUUUUUCAAAUUUGGCACAAAUGUCCACUUGGACUUAACAAUAAACUGAUUAGAUUUGUUGGUCAAGGGUCACCGUGACUUUGUAUCCAUCUCAUUCUUGUGAACGUGAUAUCUCAAGAAGGCCUCGAGGAAAUUCUUCAAAUUUGGCACAAACGUUCACUUGGAUUCAGCAAUAAACUGAUUAGAAUUUGGCUGUCAAAGGUCAAGGUCACUGUGAUCUCACAAAACGUGUCUUAGGCCAUAACUCAAGAAUUGAUAUGCUCAUGAUGACAAAAAUGACGUGAUUAGAUUUUACAUCCAAAAGGUCAGAGGUCAACCUCAUUGUGACAUCAUCAUAUUUUGCAAAAACACUUUACUGGCCAUUAUUCAACGUCAUGAGGAGGAAGUGUACGUUUCCUGUAAAAAUGGAAGUCUGUUUUGAAAAGAAUUCAACUAUUGAGUGUAAAUGGACAUGCUGUCCCAGAACAUCCAAAGCAGACGCAGGAGGGUACCUAGCGCGUCAUAUUUCAAGUCCACUGACAAAGCGGUGGUAUUUGACUUGAUGGGAUGAGAGCCUGUUGUGUAUUUAUCACAAGAACAUCUAAACAACCGCCUCUUGUAUGAGUUCAUGAGGUGACAUUGGCUGAUGUUCAUAAAAACAUUGAAGUUAAUAGCAGUUGAACACCUUUGUCGUCUGUUAUGUUAAAAUUGCAGGAAAAAACUCUCCAUGUUUAAAAAGUGAUUAAAAAAGUGUUUGAAUGUCGAGAGCAUGUUUUGUACAUAACUCCUCUUUUUUGAAAAUUCAAUCAGAGCUCCAGUCGCCAUUUUAAUUUUGUAAUGUUACUUAGUCACAUUUUUUGCACGACUGUUAGAUUUUCUUACGAUACAAAAUGUGUUUAUACUUUGCAAACAGUAAAUCUGUCACUACUAAAACUCUCUCUACUCAAAAUCAUUAUUUGACACAAUUACUGUAACUUUAUGUGGCCUCAAAAAUGACCAUUGAGUCCAGUCAACACCUGGAAGUCUCCAAUAAAUGAGAGGUUUAUCAAUCUGAUGUUUUGCUGUUUUAACAGUAUUCCUGUUAUUCUGUCCACCUCUGUAUUGAAUCACUGACUGCAGUGACCUUCAGGCAGCUGUGAUGUUGACUCACUGUGACAUUCCUGAAUACAAAUAAACUCCGUCACCUUCCCACAACAUUCUGUCUGACCUUCUU